CUCCACUUAAAAACAAAAUACUAUACCUUUUAUAAUUAUUCGCAAUGUACUUCACACAUGCUUUUUAUGUUUCUUUCAUUUGCAUUAAAACCCGUAAAAAAAAAAAGAGAAACGAACACUUAAUAAUGGGGUGGAGGGAGUACAUUUGGGGUAUUACCAGAAUGCCAGACUAUACAUUAGUUUAUUUUAUUUAUUUAUUUAUUCAUUUUUUGGGGUGGAUUAGAGUGAAUAUCAGCGUAUCAAGAUUUCUAGCUAGAUGGUAAAUUAUCAAAGCUGGGCCAGGCCCCUUAUAAAAGUCCAUUUUUCCCCAAACACCAAUUUUAAAAAGGCGCCAAAAAUUAUUCAAAUAAUCAAGAAAUUUCAAAAAACAACUCAAUUAUAAAUUUCAAUUUCAAAACUCCUCCAAUCUUUGCCGGACCUUCGCUUUGCCGCUGCCGCGAUGUUCAAGUCUACGCUAUUCAUCGCCGUCAAAUGCUGCCAUUGCUCCACAAUGCAGGUGAAGCAGCAGAAGAAGAGCAGCAAUAAAUGGAAUUGUGUGGUCUGCAAUCAAAAGCAAUCGGUAACGAAGAUCUAUGCUCAAAGUUACCAAGCCAAAGAUGUUCGUAGUGUUGUUCAAUCAUUCAAUAUGUCUCGUAAAUUGGAGGAUGAAGGUCGAAUUCAAGUCAGAGCAAGUUCGGGUCGAGCUGAUUUCAAGUUUAAAAUUGAGUUGGAUUCAACUCAAGUUAGGUUAAUUAAAGUUUUAGGUCGAAUUCAAGUUAUUAUCAUUUUCUGGUGAAAAUCAAAUCUCAAGUUAAGUCAUUGAGAUUAUGUAUAAAUUGACCUUUUAUGUGGACACUAACAUGUUAGCUACUGGCUUAUACAAUACUAGCAUCUUAUGCACACAACGAGUGUAGUAAUUUUAAAAUUAAUUACUUUACAAUAUAUUAAAAGAAAUAUUGUUAGGAGCUACCCGCUUAACAUGUCAAUUUGUGAACAACUAUUUGCUAAAAAGUUUUAUAAAAAAACUACCCCUAAAUUUAAAAAGUUUGGGUAGCACUACCUUUUUUUAUUUCCCGGCAAUUAAUUUCAGCAAGCGAGGCCCUUGUUAUUUUUUUUUUCAAAAAAAUAACACCCUCGUAU